AGGCGGUGCCGGGCAGGCCGCGUUGCCGACGAGCAGCAGGUGAAGGAGGGACAGGAUGGCAGCAUUCAAGAAAAAAUUGACUUUGAAACGAGAAUGCGAGAAGGAAUUUGUAAGCUGCUUGCUGUGAGCACACAAAAGGACCAAAUAUUGCAUGCAGUUAAGAAUCUGAUGGUUUGCAAUGCUCGCAUCCUUGCCUACAGGAGAGAAUUACAGAAACAGACAGGAGAAUCAACCAUGAAGAGAACCACAGUGCGAUGUUCAGAUUUUGCAGCUAAAGACCGUGAAGCUUGUGCAGGCAGACUUGCCAUAUCAGAUCUCCGAAUUCCAUUAAUGUGGAAAGGCUCUGAUCACUUCAGCAGCAGAGACAGAACCCAACGUUACUCAGUAUUUUGCUUACUCAAAGCAGGAACUCAGGUUUUUGAUACAGACUUGCUUAUUGUGGAUAAAGCAAUCACAGAUAUAUGUUUUGAAGGUGCAACCAUAUUUGAGGAAGCUGGCCCAGCCUUCCAGCUGAAGAUCGAAGUCUACAGUUGCUGCUGUACUGAAGAAUCUUCAGCUAUAACAAACACUCCUAAGAAGUUAGUAAAGAAGUUGAAAACCUCAAUUGGGAAAGCUGCUGGGAAGAAACUCAGUCCUGUGUUGGAUGACAGCAGCCCUGAAUCCUUGUUGCUUACUGAUGCGACCGUAGUGGGUGCAAAAUACAAUUUGCUGGCACAUGCAUCUUUGGGGUUGGAGAGUGUCAACAACAAUUUCAAGACCCACAGCCUUACUGCUGUGGGAGAUGAGGAAUCUUCUUUUUGGCUUCCAUUGUAUGGCAGCCUGUGUUGUCGUCUAAUUGCCCAACCAUACUGCAUGACCAAGAAUAUGAUGACUGGAUUUCUGAGUCAACAGCAAAAGAUAGGGAAUGUGACUGGAUGGAGGAAACUUUACUGUGUACUGAGAGGUGGCAAACUCCUUUGUUAUUGUACACCAGAAGAAGCAGAAGCUAAAGUGGAGCCGACUUUGACAGUUUCUGUCAACAAGGAAACCAGAAUUCGUGCUGUGGAUAAAGAUGCCCCGAUAAACUCCAAUAACUUUUCUGUUAUCAACCCUGAGGCUGGUGAAACUGUGACUCAGAUUUUUGCAGUUGAAAGCCGGGAAGACCUUUAUAACUGGAUGGAAGCUUUCUGGCAGCACUUCUAUGAUUUCAGCCAGUGGAAACACUGUUGUGAAGAAUUCAUGAAAAUUGAGAUUAUGUCACCACGGAAACCACCAUUGUUCUUGACAAAAGAGGCUACUUCAGUUUACCGAGAUAUGAGCAUUGAUUCCCCAGUAAAACAGGAAGCGUUCCCCGAUACAGUGCAACGAAAAGUUGAGGAAGUCAAUGGGGAGCUGCCGAUUGGCCAACAAGAAUGUUUGCCACCUUCAUGGGCAGCCAUGUUUGACGGUUCUCACCACAUGCUUGUGCAGAAAAGCCUGCUUCCAGGAGCAAAAGAAGAGCACAUAAGCCCUAGUGAAGGGAAGGGCAAGAAGAGAAGAGCACCCCUUCCACCAUCUGAUCAGCCGCCAUACACCACAGGAGCACAGACAAUGUCAGAUCAAUUGGGCAAGGAAAACAUCUGGAAUAAUUCUCAUAAAAACAAUUCUCCUGGUUCCAGCUCAUCUUCUGUUCCUCACUUCAAACAACCUAUUGCAGCUCCCCGCAAACCAACUCCUUGGCAGAAAGGUACCUUCGCUGACAAUGAAAAUCCUGCCGAUUCAGGUACAAAGGUUGAUAAUAGCGACAAACCCAUUCCUGCUCCUAGGCAGAGGUUGGUCAAAGAGAUGCUUGAGCCUAGAAUCUAUUUUCAUUCGCAGGUGUAGGACUAAUGUUUGGUUUGCUCAGAAUUACGGGGGCAAAGGGAGUGUUGGCCAUGUUCACUAUCUGUCUUUCGCCAGAGUUCCUGAAGUGUUAACAUAUUUAUUUUCAACACACAGCCAGGUGAUUGAGACUAUAGCAAAGGAAACACCUCUCCUUCCAUCCUGUCCCCAAAUUGUGCUCUGCUUGACAUCGCCAGUGUGUAAAGAGAUUCCUCAACAAAGAUACAAAUCAGCAGGGUUUUGGUUUUUUAAAUGAUGGAGAACCUUCUGAUAGACUUAAACUGUUCUCCCCCCCAAAAAGCCUCUGUAUAACUCGACCCAUACAUUUUCCCCAUAUUGCAUUUCAAAUAAACAAUCUCAAAUUUACGACAGGUUUUUGAGCAGGCACUUAACUUGAGGAGAAUAAAAUUCUUCCUUGUGUUGUCAGAAUUAACCACAGAUGCUGUUGGACUCUGCCCAUAGAAGUCUAUGGGACCAGUCUCUAGACCCUCACAGUAAUAGGAAUGUCUUAUUUAUUUAUUUUUUACUCUGGCUCUUCAUGAAUGGUCUUACAAAAGAGUUUGAAGAAAAUAAAGUACAGUCGUACCUCGGGUUACGAACACCUCGGGUUACGAACUCCGCAAACCCGGAAGUAUUUUUGCCGCACAUGUGUUCUGCGCAUGUGCAGAACCGGUGUGCGCAAAAUGGCGCUUCGGGUUCCGACCAUUUUGGGUUACGAACUGCAUCCCGGAAUGGAUCGUGUUCGUAACCCGAGGUACCACUGUACCUGAUUGUUUACCACCCCGUCCUCCUGUGAAGCUGUUUGUUCUUGCCCCCUUCCUCUAGCUUUAACCCCGCCCCUGCCCAAGUGACACACAGCUAGAGUUUGUAAGGAGUUUCCCAUAGCGCUUCCAAAGUCAGGUGAAUUGUGCAGUGUCAGAUGCGAUUUGAAAUCCCUGUGGGAACGACCUGUAAUGAAACUCAUUCCCUUGCCCAUUCCCUCAGGACUUUGUACUACAUUUCUAGUCUGUCAGGAUUUCCCAGGUUCUGUAGCUGGGCUUACCUGGUAAUUUAAGCAUAUGCAGAGACUUCUAGUCUUUCAUUAUUAUUAUUAUUAAUUUUUUAAAAAAACCUUUUAUUGCUUUAUUAGCACAGUGAACAAGUAUCUCUUAGACUUACAUUUCUUAGAUAUAUUUUCUUUAUUUUCCUGGCUUUGUGCAAUAGUAAUCCUGAAUAUGAGGUAGCUGUGUAUGCAUAAGUGCUGGGCUGAGACAGUAGUCAAGUCCACAAUUCUUAAGACAUUUGAAGACCCCCAAUGCCAUUUGGGGCUGUUAAUGUUUUCAGUUGUAUUUAAAAUGACAGCAUCAUAAUCCACUCCUCAUUGACAGGUGGGAGAAAUACUGUCUUUAGUAUUUUAGAUAAUAUUCCUCUAAACAACCCUACAAUUCUAUGAUCUGUGUCUGAAUUGUAGAAAGCAACACACAUUCAUAUCUGCAGGAAAAGAGAUUCUGCAUUGUAAGCAGAAACUAGGUAGAGGAAAUGAACACAUAUUUUCAAAUAAAAUUGAUUUCCCCUUCCCAGAACAAUAAGCUUAAACUGAAACUGAUGGUGUGUAUAAAUUUGGAAGGUGUUUUUAAAUAUAUAUAUCUUGGCCUGUUUAAAAUCCCAUUGUUUUCCUCUUUAAGUGUUUGAAUUUGAAUGCAGAAAUGGCAGCUUCUUUUUAGUUAGAUUGUAUGAAUUAGAUUACAAAAAUUUACUGUGUGUUAACGUCUUACUGAAAUCUGAGCAGGUAUGGUUUUAACCAAUGUAUUAGUUCAUUGCAUUGUGAAGUUGUGUAACAUAGAAAGUACAUUAUAUAGUUUGGAGGAGCUAUAAUUUCAGGAUCACCUGUUUUGCUUUUUAGCUACUCUUAGAGGAACAGAAUAAAGAUAAUGUAGCAGAGGGUUAGUAUGACAUUAAUGCUCUCUAAUCCCUUAAUGAGUAUACCAGAAUCCUUUUAAUUGGCAUAUUUCUGUUAGCAGUAGGGAGUGCCAAUUAAGCAAUCUUCUCAAUUUUAAGACUCUCAGGAAUAUGCUGAGCUUAUUGAUAUUUGCUUUUUAUUCCAUGCCUUGAACUACAGAUUAGUAAUGUGCAAAGCAUUCCAAAUUCCUACAUCUUUAUUUGAUUAGCAAGCCACACUAGCACAGUGAAGCUCCAUGAAAUAUGUCCAUAGAGGAUGCCUUGAUUUAGCAAAUGCAGUUCUAAAGCAUUUGUGACUGUGACUGAACUUGCAAGACAGCUCUUAGCCACAGAGUUUAUCCUCUGAAGUUAAUUAAAUUGAAUUUUUAUCCACAUUGUCAAACCAUUGUAUCUUCCUACCAGGGGAGGGGCAGCUCCCCAUGCAGAAACUGUACAAAAUUAUUAGGGAGGAAAUCACUGUUCCUUCUUGAUAUAUUUUCAGAAUGUCAAAACAUGGCUGAAUGGGAGCAAAAUAAUUGGCUCCCAUUCUUCUUCUUUGGCCAUUUGACAUGUACACCAUCUUGAAACAAGCAAUAGCUUCCCUAAGAUUUAUAAACAUUUAUAUCUUUGGAAGUAGCUAGUCCCAUUAUAUAAUGAAGGAACAAUCUGGGGUGGUGUUACAGUGGCACAAUCUAAGCAAAGGGGAGGUGCUGGUACUCUCAUUGCAAUCCCUGAAGCUCUAUGGACUUCUGGAGCACAAAUGAUGGGGCAGACUUGCAUUUAAAGGCACAGAUCUGCUUGUGUAGCUUGGUCCUCAGACAUUACUGUGGGGAGAGCUCAAGUGGUAAGGAGUAUCAGUCUUGAAUCCGCCACCUCGAACCCUUUUGUAACGGGGAGAGUAGCAUCUGAUCUAGACUGACACAUCUUUAUUUAACCAUUGGGAUCUCCGUGACCCCGCGGAUCAAUCCUUGGAAAAUAUUGUGGGAUUUGGAUGCAGCAUUUAGGGUGCAGGGAGAGAAAAGAAGAAACCCUUGAAACACGGUUUGAAUCAGAUGUGACCCCUUCCCUGUGGUGAGGCAGUAGGUAUGGGGUACAUAUAUGCUUGAGAUUUCAUGCUGGGAUCUCUGCCUGAUAAAUAGCAGUGUCCACAGGCCUACAGAGAGCUUCAUGAAAGUGACAUCUUGCUCAUGGACAAUAGCAAGGAGAGAAUAGAGUCCCCAGAAUGGCUGGGAUCGGAGCUAUUCUUCCUCAAUUAGAGGUGCAAUAAACACGCUUAGAUGUUGCACUUUUCACCCAGCUGCCUCCUUGAGGCUGAAGGUGCCACAGUACCCUUUCUGUACCUGGGAAAGAUUGAUGUAGCUCCACAUCACACAGGCGCCAUUAAGGCUGCAAGAGGCAGCGACCACCUUCACUUCUCAGGACAAAGGGUGUGUGGAUGCAGUUGCAGUUGCGACUGUUGGUCCUUAAAGUGCUAGGUGAGAUUGCAGCAAAAAAAUCCUUUCCUGGUACUUUGUGCGUCCCAGGACCUGAGUGAUGCAUCACUUUCAUUUCUCCAAAAUCAAGAGUGGGAGACUGAAGUUCAGGCAUGGUUAUAGAAGACAGAAGGGAGGGUUUCAGAUAUUAUUUGCAAGGCUGGUAUGAGUCAUGUGUGCGUUUGGGCAUAGUCUAGUUCAUAGCAUGAGAUAUCAAAUUCAAUAAAUUUCCCUGUAGUGGAAUUCUAUUAAUUCUUAUUCACCAUGAGACAUGUUCAGAUGGAAAACUAACAGUGCAUUUUUGCCUGGAAGAGGGCUGCCCUGGAUUUAUUUUCAUGCCUUUAUAUGUCUACCAGCCAAGGUCCAGUAAGAAGUGCCAGGGAAGCAAAGUAGUGCCACAAACUUCUUCACACUUUAUUAUUUUCCCAAACACCUAAUGCCUACAGCAGGCAUCCCCAAACUGCGGCCCUCCAGAUGUUUUGGCCUACAACUCCCAUGAUCCCUAGCUAGCAGGACCAAUGGUCAGGGAAGAUGGGAAUUGUAGUCCAAAACAUCUGGAGGGCCAAAGUUUGGGGAUGCCUGGCCUACAGGUAUGAUAUUGGCUCCAGGGUAGCCUCAUUGUGUUUAGUCCCAAGGAUGGUGUGUGUGUGUGUGUGUGUGUGUGUGUGUGUGUGUGAGAGAGAGAGAGAGAGAGAGAGAGAGAGAGAGAGAGAGAGAGAGACUAUCUGUGCUCACCCAUGAAGCUCAAUGAGUGACGUGAGCCCAGUUUCUCUCUCCUAACUGAUCUUCACAGGGAUGUUGUGAGAAUAAAAUGGGAUGGUCUUCAAGCACACAACUGCAAGAUCAUUAGAGAGAGAAUGGAAUGAAAGAAAUGUUAGAUAACAAUGCUGUCUAAUAAUCUCUCAUACUGUAUUGAAAGUCCCUCGAUUUGUCCCCCUGCCCUCUUUGAUCAAGCUCUUAAGGAAUGAUUUUACAUAUGCAUGUCCAUCAUUCACAAUCUUACCCCGCAGUGGCUUACUGCUUGAUGAAAGCUGAACAUGUGAACUGUCCCCAUUUAAAAAAGAGACACUCCUCCAUUGUCUCUUGAGACAGGCGGAUACCAACCAUAACAAUAUUUGAGAUGAUUUUAUAUGAAGGUUUACUCUGUGACUUGUUGUUUGAUGUUGCACUUGAGCUGAAUGUGCAUCUCUUAAGUCUCUCUAAUUGCAAUCAACUUUGAAGUAAGGGGAGGGCAAACUACAUUAGCUGUGGAAGUGGAACCUCGCCCUGCCUAGAACUUGCAGUUUUUCAUGUCUCAUCACUAUUGCACGUGCAAACUGUUAAUAAUGCCUUGGGUACUCUGUUAAAGGUUCGACAAUGUAGGUAGAAUUACUAUUUGUGCGAGGCUUUUUAAAAAAAACUUCUUUAAUUUGUUUACAUGUUUUAAUUAUGCUUGGGAGUAAUAUGCUUCUAUUUUCUACUAAUGCUAAGUAGAUAGUUUUGUACUUGAAAUGCCUGUGGAUGACCUGGUAGAUAUUGGUUUUUGCUGCUAAAUGUGUAUUGUUUUUUAUUCCAAGGUAUGUCAGACUUAAAAAAAAGAAAGAAUUAUAACAAAUGUAGAAACUUAAAUAAUGUAUAAAACGAGUAUGAACAAUAAACUUCUGUGUUUGUUAUAAGACUGACUGUUGUGUUGGUCUCCAAGAAAGAGGGAACAGGGAGAUGUAAAAUAGUGCUCUUUUCUUGGAAUAACUGUGUUGGUGGGUUUUUUUUAAAAAAAAUAAGUAUCCCAGCUUUCCUAAUCAAUGCAGUUGGCCCAAUAAAAUACAUCAUUUUAACACUGACCUAUGGUUUUGUUUUGUUUUCAAGUACAUUUAUAGAAUUAUAAAUCAUGCUUCCCUGGCCUUUUAUGAAAUAAAAGAACUAUUUUGGGCUUAGCUAAUUUCUUAAACUGUACAAUCUGCUGAG